AUGGCGCUGCAAGACUUUACAGUUGAUCUCGUUCAACAAGUAAUUCCUUUUCGCUCCCCCAACCCCCUAGAGGACCCUCGCGAGCAUCGCCUCCGCCUGGUUGAACGACUCGGCGGCGGCACGUACGGCGAUGUGUACAGAGCAGUAGAAGAACCCGAAGAAGGAGUAGGAGGAGGAGAAACAUUUGCAGUUAAAUAUUAUGUUGAUGAAACACGAACAGUCACAGAAGAUGGGUUGGGGUGUACGACGAUUCGCGAGCUUUCUACGAUUUCUUCUUUCGGAACCCAUCCGAACCUGGUUCGGAUGCGUUAUCUCUUUAUAGAUCAGCUUCCUCGUCUGGUUGAGUGCAUCAAUCAACAACGCAUUCAAUGGGCCCGCCAGCAGCACGCCGCAGCAGACCCGGAAAACCAGGAGCAGCUACGGAGGGAGUUGCAGGCGCAGUUGGCGCAGGAGGAGCUGAAGCAGACCCAAGUAUUUGUAUUUGCUGCCUAUGAGUUGUGCGAGGGAGGGGACUUAAAGAAACUUCUAGCUAAGAAAAGAGAAGCAAAACCCUCUCCCACCGUCUCACCUGAAUGGGGCCUCCCCUUAAAGCACGCGAAACUCCUUGCAUUUCAGUUGCUGAACGGCUUGGCUUUUCUGCACAAUGAGAAGCUCUGCCACCGCGACCUGAAGCCCGACAAUUUGAUGCUGACAUCUGAAAGUGAAAACUGCAUCCUUAAAAUCGGCGACUUGGGGCUCUGCAGGAGCUUCCGGGCCAACGCAGGAGAAAUAACGCCAACUGUCUGCACCAUUUAUUACCGCCCUCUGGAGGUUCUUUUGGGGAGAAUGAAAAUCGGGAGCGACGGCACGGAGGAGCAUGGGACGCACUAUGGCUUGGGAGCAGACAUUUGGGGGGCGGGCUGCAUUAUAGCGGAGAUGUUUCGAGGAAUUCCUCUUUUUAAAGGCACUCAGGAAUUCGAAGUUUUAAUUCGCGUUACUAAAAUACUCGGUACACCCACCGAGGCAGAGUGGACAAACUGCACCGCGCUGCAGCACUAUCCGUUUGGGAACAGGGGGGAGAGUCACUUUUUCAGUGAGCACGAUAAGCGUUCGAAUUUAAAUGCGGUGCUCUUCGGCAAACUCGACUUAGAUGGUCUCGAUCUUCUAGCGAGGAUGCUGGAUUAUAACCCUCAUACGCGCAUCUCAGCACAAGAGGCCCUCAGCCACCAGUGGUUCACGGACGUGGCGUUUGGGCAGCUAGACGGGCUUGGAGUGUAUAAUUGGUUUGUGGAUGUGUUAAAGUUUCGUCUGGGGGAGAAGACGUUCUCAGCAAUGGAGGCGCACACUCCGGGGUGUCUAUGCACCUCGAAGCUGUCGCAUAUAUUAUGCCAACGCGGAUAUAGAGGGGCUGUAGUCCAGCGCAUUGAUCGCGUUUUCGCCGAAGUCGGAGGCUUUCAAGAACCCGAACAAAGCCAACACUGGAAACAAGUUGUUGCUGCUGAAAAGCUAGCAAGGGCUAGGAGGGACCGUAAGCAGGCGAAAGACACGCAGCAGAAGCCUUUUGCUGCUGCUGGUGCAGCAGCAGCAGCAGCAGCAGCAGGGGAUCAGGAAAAUGCACCUGGCCGCACAAACCUUCGUUGCUGCCCCUACCCCACGACGAAAGGAACGUCUCUAGGCCAUGCUGCUGCUGCUGCUGCUCCUUCUGAGGGCCCCGUAAGACGGGGUACGCACUGGCACAGCGCAGCAGCAGAGACAGACGCUGGCAGCAGCAAGAGCAGCAGCAGCAGCAGCAACUGUAACAGUAGCAGCAACAGCAGCAGCAGCAGCAGCAGUGGCGGCAGCAGUGGACGGCUGGGCAUAGCCUCUUUGUUGCUGUCCAAUGCGCCGCUUGCAGCAGCAACUCUACACGAAGAAGCUGCUGUCUCUUCUCAAGACUUGGGAGAGCCAGCUGCUGCUGCUGCUGAUACCAACAAAAACUGCAACACCGCUCUUUAA